GCCCGGGAGAGCUUCUCGAUGUCUCCCGCAACGACACUACCAACGAUGUCGCGAAUGAGCCAAGGCGCGUGGCGAACCGCCGUGAAUCUGCGGUGCCUGCCAAGCAGAAGCCAAUGCCGCCGCCCGCGGUCCCGCCGGCAAGCGGUCACAAUAGCAGCCGGUCAGCGCGAGCGCGUCUCGCCUCUCCUAUGACCAAACCAAAACAGCGCUUAUCAAUAGCGUACCGCGCAUGAAGCGCACAGCCACUAAUGGGUCGCAAGAGAAACCAUCGGCCAAGCCCGCCGUGAAUGAAAAGGAUGCGCUGCCUGUAAAUACUGCCGAGAAAAUGCAGCGGAUUAUGCGCAAGGCUCAGGUCAUGGACGACAUGAAUACUGUCAGGUUUUUGCACCUGCUGUAUACCCUGCGCGUCGAGCAGGAGCCGACACGCGAGGAUGUCCAUCACCAGCGAGCUGCUGAGCGCCGUGGAAAAGGACAAAUAUUCGUACAACCUGUCGGUUCUGCAGCCCAAGGCGAUCGACCGCCUGUGGUCGUUUGUCAAGAAGAUCCCGUCGUCCUAAAUGUUAGAGUUCUCCAAUGGGCUCCCCCACCAGCUGCUGUCGGAUGGCUACAUGAAUAUACUUUUCUUCUUUCGCCUCAGAGACAGAGUCCAGAUUGGGCAAAUAGACGCCCAUGCGUGGCACAAACACCGGAAUUCCUACAGCCACCCUGCUAUCCCCAGGGUAUAUUAGCCACAGUAAUUGCGCAUUUCUGGCCCACCCGCGCUCCUUUUUCGCCUGCAGCGCUGCUGCAAUCGCGAACGGACGGCUAGCAGUUGCGGCAGUUCACACUCAUUUGGCGUUCCUGGCCCUCCUUUAUGCGCUUCUCGUGCAUUUCACAUGCAUGCGACAUGUAAACGCUCAUUAAUGUCACUAAUAGAAGAGCUGCAUAUCCUUCC